AUGACUAGACCUUCUUCUGGCUUCUAUGGACUGGCGUCCCUCUUCGUAUGUCUUUUCGGCAACACACUGGCACAAUGGAUAGACUAUCCACCUGACGGUUUGGCGACCUUGACACACUACACCCUACCUCGAGGCUACGUAGCAUCCUGCGGAUGCACUCCCGAGACUACACAUUACCCUACAGCUGCACUCUCCCAGAUGGCCUACGGUAGUAGCGCUAAUUACGGUCCCGCAUGCGGCAAAUGCUUCAAGCUGACCUUGCUCAACCCCAUAGUCGCGACCCCUCCCUUCUACCCUGAAGAAACCAAAAGCAUAGUUGUCAAAAUCGUCGAUCUCUGUCCUCUCUCAGAGUCGGGUUGGUGCUCGGGAACGACCAAGAGGACUAAUUCUGCCGGUGCUCAGCUCAACUUCGACCUUGCCUACCCCUCCAAAGCAAUCCCUGAUGACUUCUUCCCUCACGACGAGGAGUUGUACGGGUACAAAGACUUUGGGGUCUGGAAUAUCACGUACUCCGUCGUUCCAUGUCUCCAGUCAUGGGAAGGCCGCAAGAACAAGAAAGCGCUUGGAAGUGUGGACGCACUAGGAUCCAGUGGUUGCUGUCCUGCCGAUCCCACAGGCAAUAGCAACGAUACUUGUACUUCUUUCUCUGACCAGAACGGUCUCCCGCCCGACACCAGGAUUGGAGAAGCGCAAUCGCUCAAUCCGGUCUCGUAUUAUUCUAGGGUAUCUUUCCUCGCGGUUCUUAUCGCCAGUUUUCUCUUUGGUUUUUAG